AUAACAGAACAAGUAUUAUGUUCGUCAGAUUUAACGACUGGACUACACCGCCACUUGACAUCUCUAUCAUAUUUAAACUCCUUUCUUUCUGUUACUGCAUUUCUUAAGAAUGUUCUGAUUCUAAUUGCUCUUCACAAGGAGUCUUCGCUUCAUCCACCGUCCAACCUUUUGCUUCGCACCCUUGUAACAACUAAUUUCUGUGUUGGUCUUACUGCAGAGCCUCUUGCUCUAAGCUGUUGGAUGUCUGAAGUGAAUGACCAUAGGAAUAUUUGUCGCUUCGUAUUACCCGCAGCUUUGUUAACAGGCUCUAUUUUGUGUUUAUUGUCUCCCUGGACACUGAGUGCAAUAAGCGUGGACAGUCUUCUCGUCCUGUUGUUGGGAUCAGAACCGCUCGCUGUUAUCUACUGGAUAUCAAUGUCUGCAGAAAAUGAGGAUUGGAAUAUUUGUCACUACAUAUUCGCCGUAGGCUUGUUGGCAGGCAAUGUUUUGAGUGGAGUGUCUCUGAUGACAAUGACUGUAAUAAGCGUGGACAGACUUCUCGCCCUGUUGUUGGGACUGAGAUACAGGCAAGUGGUAACUUUAAAACGAACCUACGUGAUCGUUAUUACUUUAUGGGUUGUGUCCGCUGUCUUUUCAGCAGUGCAGCUUAGGAAUCGCCUGAUAACCAUAUGGUAUGAAGUCAUAGUUUCAUCACUGUGUCUUGUAACCUCUGUCUUCUGUUACACAAAGAUUUUCUUCACCCUCCGUCAUCAUCAACUUCAAGUACAAGGUCAUGUUCAACAACCAAACCAAACAAAUCAACUGAACAUAGCACGAUACAAAAAGGCAGUGUUCACUGCAUUAUGGCUGCAACUGACGCUGGUUGCUUGCUAUCUACCCCAUGGUGUGGUGGAGGCUUUGGUGACAAAUGGUGGACUAUCUUCAACCUCUUAUUUUUGCGCUUGGAGUUAUGCAACCACUUUAGUUUUCUUAAACUCAUCAUUAAACCCGAUUCUUUACUUUUGGAAGCUAGAAGAAGUUAGACAAGCUGUAAAGGACACAAUCAGACAAGCGCUUUGCCAUUGUUUUUCUACUUAA